AUGGGUGAUUGGAACUUACUGGGGAGCAUCUUAGAAGAGGUCCACAUUCAUUCCACCAUCGUGGGGAAGAUCUGGCUCACCAUCCUCUUCAUUUUCCGGAUGCUUGUGCUCGGUGUUGCAGCUGAGGACGUCUGGGAUGACGAGCAGAGCGAGUUUGUUUGCAACACAGAGCAACCUGGCUGCAAAAACGUCUGCUAUGACCAAGCGUUCCCCAUCUCACUCAUCCGCUACUGGGUCCUUCAGAUCAUCUUCGUGUCCUCCCCGUCUCUGGUCUACAUGGGGCACGCAUUGUACCGUUUGAGAACCUUGGAAAAAGAGAGGCACAGAAAGAAAGCCUACCUGAAAGCUGAGCUGGAGGGCACAGACCAAGUCCAGGAGGACCAUAAGAGAAUCGAGCGAGAACUCAGGAAACUAGAUGAGCAGAAGAAAGUAAGGAAAGCUCCCCUGAGAGGUUCGUUGCUGCGCACAUAUGUUUUUCAUAUCUUAACACGAUCUGUGGUGGAAGUGGGCUUCAUUAUAGGUCAGUGUGUUCUGUAUGGGAUUGGACUGUCUCCUCUGUACAAAUGUGAGCGGUUGCCUUGCCCCAACAGCGUUGAUUGCUUUGUUUCAAGGCCAACAGAGAAGAACAUUUUCAUGGUUUUCAUGCUGGUUAUUGCUGGAGUUUCUUUAUUCCUCAACCUGCUGGAGAUUUUCCACCUGGGGGUGAAGCAGAUCAAACAAAGCCUGUACGGAUACAAAUAUGGAGACGAUGACAGCGAAUACAGGUCAAAGAAGAACUCCACGGUGCAACAAGUCUUAGCGCUCACUAAUCCUUCACCACAGAGGUUGGUACAGCUCCCACAGAGGACCUGCCCUGCGGCACCUGAUGCCCACCUGGAGCCUUUGAGUGUUAUCUCAGCGGUCCCCCAAAAUCAGGAAGGGUCCAGGAGUUCUUACCAGCGGCCAAGCCAAGCUGACAUCCAGGUUCUCCAGCAGCUGGUGGCGGUGGAGCGACGCCUCACUCUGGACAACAGGAAGCCAUCAUGCAGCAGUGAAGAGUCAAACGGACCUCAUGGCUCAGUGCAGCCCCAGUACGGAGGACCACGACCCACACUCAUGGGCGGCCACAUAGAAAUCCCAGCAUCCCUAAAAGUCCCUCAGAGGAAGCAGAGCAGGGUGAGCAUGUGUAAGGAGCUUAGCGACACAAGUGAUUCUCCAGAGAGUGGACACUACCCCACAGCCAGGAAGUGCAGCUUCAUGUCACGAGGACUGUCAGAGGGGAAGAUGGCCACGUCGUCGGACAGCGCCGACUCUAAGAGCGGGACAGACGUGGAGGCACAGCACCUCAACCAGGGGGAGAGUCCGGCUAUGACACCACCACCUCCAGCCAGUGGAAGGAGGAUGUCCAUGGUGAGAACAAAAUAUGAUCAUGUUUUAUCUUAACCAAUAGAGCAGGGAGAUGAUUUUAGGUAUGAAAUCUGUGGAUUUCCUCCAUGAAUACCUUGUUGUGAGGCUCUUUUUCAUACCAUCUGUUUUAACUCUUCUGCAAAGUACAAGCAUUUCAGCUCAGAAAAGGCAUCAUUUUUUAUUGUGAGAUACAGACAGUGCAAGGGCAAACCUUUUAGCUCAUGACCCCCUAAAAUACUCUAAAUCUGACUGACUGGUCUAAGGGUAGAAGAACACUCAGAUAACAGUCCAAAUCGAGCAAAAGAUCACAGAGUGUGUGGGUAAACAAAGUCAAAGGGGUUUACAGGGUAUGCUGAACAUUAGCAGAGCUAGCACCACCAGCCUUCAGUCCUGCUACCUAUAGGCUCUAUGCACAGCUCCUCUACUUCCUACUUUCCUGUCCUACAUGAUUGGACAAAUUGACAAAUUGAUUAAUCCCGGUGUGACCAGGUGUGAAAGUAAGCCGCUAUGCCAUACUGGGAAGACAUAAACAGCAGUUUACAGCCUGUACGCAAACUUUCACCCCUACAAUGUAUGUAGAAUACAUUUGCUUACCGUGUUGCCGCGUCAGUCUGUAUGUAUCCAAUAGGACCAUGUUGCUCGCGAGUGUGUCGUAUUUGCUUCCGCAAACAAACAAACGCCAGGAGUGGGAGUGUCGCGGGUAGCGACAGGGAGCGCUUAGUGCGCACUUUUGAUUGGACGCUUGUUGCCUAGGCGCGAGGGACUACCUCCCGCAUUUUGCGGAAGGAGGGAACUUUUAAAGAGACAGCUGCUUGAAUCGUAAUGCAGAAAUAAAACAAAAUACUGAGAAAAAUUUAAUUUGUGUUCAAGAGAACGAGAGAUGCAGCAGAUGAUGGUACUGUGGCAUCAGAGUCGGCACCUUGUUAAACUUGGGUGUGCUCCUCUUGUACAAAGCCUAUGGGUAUGGUACCUGCAAGAACCUUAUCCUACUUUCACUCUUGGGUGUGACUCAUCAUUAUGACUACUGAGACACACCUGGAUUAAUCAGUUUGUCCAAUAAUGUAAGACAGGAAAUGAAGGAGCAGCCUUAAGUUCAGGAAGUAGUGGAUCAGUGCAUAGAGCCCAUUGCAUUGGUUAAGUGGUUAGGGGCCAGUUUAACCAGACACAACCUACACAAAACUUUAUCUCCAUUUUCUGGAUCAAAAAUACAGAUUAUCAUCAUCAUCAGAGUCAUUUGUGUUUGUUUACACCCGAGUAGUGGCCACCUUCAAUGACAGUCUCAUUUCAAAUCUUCAUUAUUUUGGAUCAGACUCUGAGGUUCUCUUUGUAUCCAGAACUGUCAACAUAGCAAACACACUGGAGUAAGUUGAAAGGUACUUUAUCUGUGAUAUAGAAAAUAAACAUUUAUUGUCCAAUGUUUUUUGUCUUCCAGAGCAUGAUUCUGGAGCUGUCUUCAAUCAUGAAGAAAUAA